CAGAGCGGGCGGGAGUCAUAGGAGACAUUAGGGAGGGAACCAGAAAGGAAGUUGUCCUUGAGGCAUUUCUGACAGUAAUGGAAAAUGUCAGGAUUCAACGGAGUUAAAUAAUACUGUAAUGUAGUUUUUUAAAAAUGUUUUUGACGUCGUGUUUGCACAUCCACAACGUUAGAUAAAUGAAUUCCUCAGCGAAAGAACGCCGCAUUGGCUUACGAUACGGGAAUGAAAAUGGUACGGAACAUUCUCUUCAGUCAUCCUUGAAUGACUCUCUGGAGGGUGAAAUUCAGGCUUUCCUCACUGAUGAAGAUAAACUCCAUACCUAUGAUGACCUCACCAAGAUCAACCCUGUGACCACUACAACAGUGCUAAAAUGCCUUCAGGCCAGGUACAAAGCGAAGGUGUUCUACACACAUGCUGGCUGCUCCUUGGUUGCACUAAAUCCCUUCCAGCCAAUGCCACACCUCUACCGUCAGGAUGUUAUGAAACAGUAUCACUUUGCUCCACAGCCCCAGGAGUUAAAACCACACAUCUUCAUAAUGGCAGAAGAGGCGUACAGGAAUGUCCAGGGUCAGCUGGAGCCAGUCAAUCAGUCUCUGGUGGUCAGUGGUGAGAGUGGUGCUGGCAAGACGUGGACGUCUCGGUGCCUGAUGAAAUACUAUGCCAGUGUGGCUGCCUCCUCUUCAGUUACAAAGAGUCAAGGAACAGUGGAAAAGAUAGAACGCAGAGUGCUGGACUCUAACCCUCUCAUGGAAGCUUUUGGCAAUGCCUGUACACUACGGAACAACAACAGCAGUCGCUUUGGGAAGUACAUCCAGCUUCAGCUAGACAGGAAUCAGCUGUUAGUUGGUGCGUCAGUGCAAACAUAUCUGCUGGAGAAAACCAGGGUGGCCUGCCAACCAGCCAAUGAGAGGAACUUCCAUAUUUUCUAUCAGAUGAUGAAAGGAGCCACAGAAGAGCAGAGAAAAGAGUGGAAAAUGCUACAUGGGCAGCAUUUUGCGUGGUUGCCAAAGACUGAAAAAGAAAUCGAGGAGGACUGUAUUCAUGAAACCUUAGAAGCAAUGGGUCAUCUGGGCAUUGACAAAGAAAGACAGAGACAAAUCUUUAUGGUUCUUGCAGGUCUUCUGCAGCUGGGCAAUGUGAAUGUCUCAUCUUCCGUGGAUGAAUCACAAACCUGGGACAUUGAAAAAGAAUCAAAAGACUUCUUGGAAAAGGCUGCGGAGCUGCUUUGCGUCCCAUUUGACGAGCUUUGGGAGUGUUUAAGAGUGAGGACUCUAAAGGCGGGAAAGCAGAGCAUCCUGAAACCCUGUUCUCAGGCUGAGUGCCGCUUGAGAAGAGACUGUCUGGCCAAGGUCACCUACGCUCGUUUAUUUGAGUGGCUGGUGAAACUUGUCAACAAGAGCAUAUCUGCCGAUAAAUCCAUGUGGUGCAACUUUAUUGGAAUUCUUGAUGUUUAUGGCUUUGAGUGUUUUCAGAAAAAUCUCCUAGAGCAGCUUUGCAUCAACUAUGCAAACGAAAAACUGCAGCAACAUUUUGUGGCCCAUUAUCUUAGAGCUCAGCAGGACGAAUAUGUAUCAGAAGGUCUGCAGUGGUCCUUUGUCAAAUAUCAAGACAACCAGAGCUGCUUAGAUCUAAUUGAGGGGAGCCCCAGCAUCUUUUCUCUUCUGAAUGAGACAAGUCGUCUCAAUAGGACCCCUGAUGCCAAGACCCUCAGAGUUCGUUUGGAGAUGGAGCUUUGCAAUAACACUCACAUCAGCUGGAACAAGUUCAGUAAUGUACCCCACUUCACCGUAGCCCAUUAUGCUGGUCAAGUUGACUACCACCUAGAGGGCAUGGUGGAGAAAAACAAGGACCCAGUGCCACCAGAACUCAUCAGUCUGCUGCAGAAGUCUGAAAACGUUCUGCUUCGAGAAAUAUUCAUUAACAGGGACACUGACAGGCUGAUUGCCAAGGACCUAAAUAAAAUCACAGUGGUCUCCAAGUUCAAGAAUUCUCUAGAAAACCUAAUGAAGAUUCUUAACACUACGACUCCGCAUUACACCCGUUGCAUCAAACCCAACCGAGGCUGCAGACCACUGACCUUCAAAAAGAAAGAGGUUCUCAUGCAACUGACAGCCUGUGGGAUUGUGGAGACCAUUCACAUCAGUGCUGCCGGCUUUCCAAUCAGAAUUCCUUUCAGAAGCUUCGUACGGCGUUAUGGACUGAGGGCAAAACAUUCAGGUUUCAGGUUUUUUUUGCUGUGUCCCUCAGUCAACAGUGAUCUUCAGCAACAGGUGGAGCAGCUUCUCUGUGAGGCGUCACCGUCAAACGACACUGGUCACAACUCAUGGGGUCACUGUGGAAGAACCAAAGUUUUUCUCACCCAGUCAAUGCUGGACUUGCUGGAGCAUCGGAGGAAGAAGAUCCUGUCGCAGUGCGCCUUCACCGUUCAGUGCUGCUGGCUGCGGCAUCAGAGACGGAAGCGCCAAACACAACAGAGAUCUGCUACUCUGAUCCAAGCAGCUGUGCGAUCCUGGCUGGUUAGGAGGAAGGUUCGCAGGUAUCACCGAGCAGCUGUCGUCAUUCAGAACAGCUGGAGGAGAUGGAAGGAUCUAUUAAAGUCCUUGGCUGAGUCCGAAAUCGAUGACGUAGAGGACCUGACGGAAGCCAACAUGUCAUCAGUGAACUUUAUUGGUGGACAAGCCUCAGUGCAGCUCCCCACCCUGCAGGAGCCAGUCACCGUGCGAGGGUGGCCAGUGGGCCUGGCCUUGGCCUCUGCUGCAUCUGUAAUUGUUUCUUUGACACCUACGGACUUCCAGAAAAUGAUCUCAAUGAUUUCCUCACUAAACCUGCAGUCCACUAAAGAGAAGUACAGAGUGGAGACUAACCAGUACACCAAAGACCUCGCUUCCAUACGGGCUCAGCCCAGGAUACAGGGAUCUGUCAAACUGCACUUUCAACAGUCUCCACUUCUCCAUGCGGACAUGCGACCGGACUUCAAGAGUGAUAUUACAGGGUUUAAUGAGAUCCUGCUGGAGAGAAUUUCCUCUUUUCAAAACACUAAAGAAAGACUCCAUUAAUCCGAUUCAAAGGUGGUCACAGUGUAAUCGCACUCAUUAAGACUGGUUCUAAAUUGGGAGAUUAGAAGUAUUUUUUUUAAAGCGGCCAAAGUUUACCCUCGUAUUAUUAAGUGAUGCAAAACGUAUACAUCUAGGUAUGUAUUACAGUGGAAUUCAAAGUACUUAUUACAUGUGGAGAAUGCAGGAAUUUAGAGUUCCUUUUUAAAGAACAUUUACACAGAAGGGUUGAUUCAACAAAAUACACCUCACGACUGAUAUUAUGCCAAACAACUGUGAGUGAGAUUAUGUUGAUUAUGUUGAUGUUGCACUUUUCGUCUGUUGAUUAUGCAUUAUCUUGAUUCAUAAAAAAAAAAUUGCAAUUUUCUUUAUCCAGACUUGUAAUUUUUGAAAAGUUCCUC